AUGGACGCCAACAACUCCAGCAACAUCGGCAAGCGACUGAUUCCACAAAUUCUGGACGACCUUGCCACUUCGGAUCCAGAUGUACCGGUUUACUCGCUGGUCUCGACUCCCGAUUGUACACAGUCUCGACACGUUUCUGCUCGGGAGUUUGUCAAGGCGGUUGACAAGACGGCUUGGUGGUUGAAAUCUUUGAUAGAGGAUCGGGCAACGACUGCGAUCAGGCCGUUGGGCUACAUCGGACCACACGAUCUACGACACGUCCUUCUCACCUUUGCGUGCGCUCUCUUUGUGUCGCCGAAGAACAAUGUCGAAGGCACACUUGCGGUGUUGGCAGCCACUGGUUGUGACAUAUGGGUGCAUCCCGGUGAACAGUAUCAGUAUCUCCCGGUGGUUGCGAAGAUACUCGUUCAGCGACCAAUGCGAGUUUUGCAGCUUCCUGAACUGGACAUGCUCAUGGACGUAGAGUCUGUCGAGCCUUUCCCGUACACCAAGACAUUCGAUGAAGCCUCUCAAGAUCCAUUCUGCAUUCUGCAUACGUCAGGAACCACGGGCGUUCCGAAACCUGUGGUGUGGACGCAUGCCCUGGUCGGGACAAUGGAUGCCGUGAGGCUGCUGCCACCGACGCAAGGCGACGGCGGACUGCAGCCAUGGACGUCCUUGUUCGAGGCUCGGUCUUCGAUAUAUUCGUCCUUUCCAAUGAGUCAUGGCGCAGGCAUCAUCAUGGACAUUCUGCUACCAGCACUGUUCAACCUCCGAUGCGUCCUUGGGCCUGCGACCGUUCCGUCCAACAUAGACCUGAUCAAUUCGCUUGCCAAGCACGAGCAGAUUGACAUAUGGAGCAUGGUGCCCUCUCUUGUGGACGAGCUGGGCGAGUCGCCCGACGUACUGGAACAGGUCAAGAGAUCCAAGUUCAUAUGUGCCUCUGGAGGUCCCGUUAGUCCGGAUAUUGCAGCAAAGGUCAACAAAUCAAUCAGAGUCUUGAACCUGACGGGCACCACCGAAGGCCUUUUCAUCGGCAACCUCGUAGUACCCCGAGAGGAUUGGUUUUGGUUCGCCUUUCAUCCUUAUUCAGGAUUCGAGUUUCGUGAGACUGAGCCAGGUGUUUAUGAGCAUUGGAUACAUCGAAACGAGCACUGGUCUUUAUUCCAAGGCAUAUUCCACACGUUUCCGGACAAGAACUCGAUCAACAUGAAGGACAUGUACGUCAGGCAUCCGGUCAAGCCCGACUUGUGGUCAUUCAAGGGGAGAAGCGAUGAUGUCGUGGUGCUCUCCAAUGGAUACAAGAUCCCACCGUUGGCCACCGAGGCAUAUAUCACGACACAUCCCGACAUUGCGGGCUGCUUGGUAAUCGGCGACGGAAAACCGCAGCCUGGUCUUUUGAUUGAGCUGAGAGAUCCGACUCGAACAAAAGAUACUGCCCUUUUCGACAGCCUAUGGAAGACCAUUGAAGAGGCUGUUCAGCGAUCCAUGUACAGCGUGCAGCUUGAUCGAGUGUACGUUGCGUUCUCGGAGCCUCAUAAGCCAUUCGUUCGCACGGACAAGAAUACCGUAAAACGACAUGCAACUCUGCUUCUCUACGCCGAUUUCAUCGAACGCUUCUACCAGUCUCGCGAUGAUGAGACCGAACUGGUGGCCAUUGUCGCCACUUCCGAAGCGUCUGUGAUCCAAUCACUCCGCAGGAUCAUUAGCCCUUCAUUGCCGACCAUUGAAGACGCUCCACCGGACGCCGACUUUUUUCAGCUUGGGUUUGAUUCCAUAUUCGUGUUCCGCUUGAUUCGCUCCAUCAACACGGCACUCGCAUUAGACGACAGAGUCUCACCACGUCACAUCUAUGCGAAUCCCACUCUGGCAAAGCUCGCUGCUCUGAUUGUGCGCCUCGCCAGCGGCAAGACCAAAGUCAUGUCGUCGGAUCCGGGACCAGGCAUUGAAAGCGACACAGUCAAACUGAAAGCCAAGAUUGACCAGCAUAGAGCCCAUCAGUCGUUCCGGAUGAACCCAUUCGACUAUAUCAAUCCGAACCACUACAUGGGCAUCAAUCUCUAUUUUGCUCUUGGGGAGGAGCAGACUUUCGAGGGAGUCUUCGCCAAGCUGCAAGCCGGGCUUCGCCGUACUCUGGAUCGCAUCCCCUCCUUGGAUGGGAAGAUGAUGUUCUGUUCGGACCAAGAGAUUGGGCAUAAAAAGGGUGAUUUGCGUUUGACGAUUCCUCCUGUGGGCUACGACGAAGGACACCUCGCGCCACGUCAGCUGACCUUCAAGGACUUGUCAGCAGAACUACCUUCAUUCCGUGAGCUGCAAGAUGGCGAAUUCGUUCCUUCGGCGGUAAGAGAUGACAUGGUCCUUCCAUGCGAUCCCUUCCCUCCUUAUCCCGCCGACAUCAUCGUCUCGCGAGCGAACUUUGUCCGAGGGGGUUGCAUACUGGCCACCAACUUCCACCACGGAUGCCUGGACGGGCUCGGGGUAAUGGUCGCUCUGAAAUUUUGGGCGGAAAGCUGUCGGUACUUGGAUGGCGACUCCACGGCGACGUGCAGCUGGUACGAUCCCGAGAGCUCCAAUCACGACUUACCGGAGAUAUUGUACGAGAUGGAAGGCCGCGCUCGGCCGCUCGCAGAAGUGGAUCCUGGGACCUGGGGAUUCCUACCCUUCCUCCCUCUGGAGACGCCCCGGUCUCAACCAGACGAGGCUCCAUCCCAGAAUUUCGUUCCUCGAGCCAACGAGCCUGCACUGCCUCCGCCUGCAGUAUUCCCUCACAAGCUCCUCUGGCCACCCGCCAUCGAUCCCCAGGGCCGUCGUCUGAAAACCACCAUGUUCCUGAUCACAGCCGCGAAGCUGGAAGCCCUCAAACAAGAAGUCAUCUCCGACCCCGAAUCGAAAGGCGUCAUCACCUCCCUCAGCGAUAUUGUGCAAGCCUUUUUCUGGCGCAUGGCCAUUCGCGCCCGCCACCGUGUCGCAAAGGAGACCCACGGACAGCACUUUUCGCCCGACGAGCCCGCCAUCCUGGAACUCCCCAUCGACGGUCGUCCCUACUUCUCCGCUCUCCUUCCCGAUACCUACAUGGGCAGCAUGCUCAUCCUGAACCGGCCGCACAUGUCCGUCGAGAAGCUCUGCGCGGACACCACGACCAUCGGACACGUCGCCUACGUCCUCCGCGAGUUCGCCGCUCGCGUCACGCCCCAGCUCUUCCACGACGCCUUCACCCUGCUCCGCACCCUGCCGGACUACGACCGCUUCACCCUCGCGGAUAUGGGGCUCGACGGGGUGCACAGCAUGAUUUCCAACAUGAUGCUCUUCCAGCCGACGGAGAUUGCGUUUGGCGAUGGCGUGUUCGACAACGGUGGGUCGCCGCUCGCGCUUCGCCCGCAGAUUGAGCGGGGCGGUCAGCGAUUCCGGUUCUUGGUCAUUUUCCCUAUGCGCGGCGAUGGCGGGGUGGAGUUGGUGCUGGGUACGUUGCCGGAGGAGCGGGAGAUGUUGCUGGCGGAUCCCGAGGUGAAGCGGUAUGCGACGCUGAUUGACGGUUGA